AUGUCAGAAAUAUUCCCCAAACAGAUAACAUACUGUCAAGUAUGUACAUUUCCACCAGAAUUCUGUGAAUACGGAGCAUCAAUAACUCAAUGUAUAACAUCAUUAAAACAAACAAAUCCAGAAUUAUAUUCAAAAUUAUACGGUUCUAGUACCUCAAAUGAAGACGAAACAACAACUGAUGCUUUAUCAAAUUUAAAUAUUUCCGAUAAAGAUCUUUUAAAAAAACAACAAAAGGAAACUUUAAAACAACAGAAAGAAUUAGAGAAAAAACAAAAUUCUAAAAUUACUAUAAAGAGAAUAGAAAGAAAUAAAAAAAAACAUAUUAUAUCAAUAUCUGGGUUGGAGGUUUUUAAUAUAGAUUCUAAAAAAUUAGCUAAAACUUUUGCAUCAAAAUUUGCUACUGGUACAUCAGUUAUAAAGAAUGCUGAAAAAAAAGAUGAGAUUUUGGUACAAGGUGAUGUAAGUGAUGAAGCUAAAGAAUAUAUUGAAAGUUUGUUAAAACAACAAGCUGGAUUAGAAGAUGUUAAAGUUGAACAAAUUGAUGAUAAGAAAAAAAUCAAAAAACAAGCUAUUGGUGGUGGAGGUGGAGCACCAGGUUCGAAAUAA